AAUUUGACGUCUGCGAAAUACCAGAAAAACACAAGAAUACCAUUACUUCUGCAAAAAAUGGCGUAUAUCUAUUGCUAAAAAAUAUUUUUCGUUGGUGAAUUUAUGAAGGCUAAUAUUAUAUAUCAUAGAGCUAAAUAGAUUGGGAUUUGAACAAAGAACAAAUUGAUUGGUUAAUAUUUUGUGUAAUGUACUCGACCGGUGAUUCCAGCGGUGACGGCCUGAGUGGCCUAAAUCAAUUUACUAACAUGAGUGGGCAAAUAGACUGGGCAGCUAUGGCACAGCAAUGGAUACAGAUGCAUGAUACUGGUAAUUUUUUGUCUGUACCCGAUGCACCACCUCCGCCCAACAUUAGUACCACAUUUCAUGAGCUGAAAGUUCCGAAUAGUAAUUCCCCUACACGGACUACACCAGCUACCAUAAAGAAAUCUUUUGAUGAAAAAGGUGAAGCGGAUAUGGAAAUGGAUGAAGAAGAAGAAAAUGCAAGGCGUGGGGAUACACCGCCACCCCCAGCGCCUUCGAUGCAGCUCGGUAAAACUAGGGAGCAAACAAUUAUGCAAUCGCAAGCACCCUGGUAUAUGCAGCAACAAAAUCAGGUUACUGGUCAACCAGUCGUUGAAAAUUUAACUGGAAUCGGAAUAUCAGACAUAGAUAGUAAUACCAGCCAAGUCACACCUAUAGCACCACAAUGGAGUGCAACCGUAUGGCCACCUCGUAUGAAUUUGCCACCUCCCAUUACGGGAGCAAUAUUAAAUGUACCAUUGAAUGGUCCAAUACCAAAUCCCACAGCACAUAUACCAUCUCUGCUAAAAAUGAAUGUACCAAACCCUAAUACAGUAAGAAUGAUGACCCCAAACAUAGACGAGCAAAACACCGCGGCAACAGUGGUCGACGCAAAGAAGAGAAAAAUGCUUCCAGCUUGGAUUAGGGAGGGGUUGGAAAAAAUGGAACGUGAAAAGCAGAAACAAUUAGAAAAAGAGCAAAGCAAAAAACGUGAAGAACCCGGAUGCAGUGAGGCUACAAAUUACAUAGGGCCUGUAGGAAACGUCGAUGAUGCUACACAUACGGUAAACAUGAAAUAUAAACAGUCUGCGGAGAACGAUAUAUCAGGUAACGAGGAAGAAGGAGAAACAGAAGACUUAGAUGGUGUAGCAAUCGGCGAUGAAAUAUUGACGCUGCCUCAAAAAAUUGCAAAAGACGAUGAUUGUAGUGGAAUAAGUGGGAAUGAGUAUGAAACGGAUACCGAAAACAACGCUGAUCAACGCAGUUAUAUUGGUAAAAGAAGCUAUGAAGAUAGACUAUCUGACCUGAUGAUAGUGGUGCGGACAACCUUAACCGAACUCCUAUUGGACGUUACAAACAGAGAGAUCGCUAACUUGGCGCAAGAAGCUGUUAAUGCGCACAAAGCCAAAGCGUCAUCAGCUCAAGUGAUCCGUAAAAGCGCACUGUCUUCCAUAACCGGCAAAUUAGGCUUAGCAGCAUACGACGAUUCAACAGGUGAUGAAAGCAACGACUCGGAGAAUGAAGAAAUGGCUGAUAAUGAUCCAAACGAUGAUUCUGAGGAAGAAAUUAAGGCUUCAAUACGAGUAAAACGACGUGCUUUUGCCAAAAUAACAGAUGAGAUUGAGGAACGCAUUGCUGCUAACGCGUCACGCGAAGAACAGAAACUAAAGUACUACACUUUGUUGGAAAAACAAGAGCAGGAGGAAGAGCAAAACAAAGAUGUCGCAUCAGGCGAAUCUGGGCGAAGCGACGAAAAUAUAGGCGCAAUGAGGUCGUCCUCAUCCAUGCCAAGCACAGUUAGUAAAUCUUACGAAAGAGAUUUCGGUGAGACAACUGAAACAAAGUUACAACACUCAAACGGCAAACGGCAGAAGGAUCGCAACUCUCGUAAGGAGCGAACAACUCGUUUUAGUGAUAAUAAAGAUUCGAAAGGAGCCGCAGCAGUCGCAGCUACUUAUAUAUCUAAAAUGCACAGCGCAAAUGCUAAUCCCAGCGGAAGCGCUCUUUUUCCAAUUGCACCAACGGCAACUACUUCCUCCACGACGUUGGCUGGAACUACGGUGACCUCGUCAUCAACGAUUAUCGCUGCGCCACUUGAAAGUUCCCAUAUCGCUUACAACAUAGCAAAUGCAGCAUUUAUUGAUGAUAGUAGUAGCGUUUCUGUACUAAAUAAAAAUUUGCUAAAUGCCGCUGAGGCUGCAUUUGAGAAAGCCACAAAAAGUCACCGUACGAACAGAAGUCGUUCGUCAGCAUCGCACUCGGAGAGAGAACGUAGCCGUCGUAGUAAUCGCUAUGAUCAUAGAGAUAACGAAAGUGAUCGAUGUAAGGAGCGCGAACGCGAACGAGAACGGGAACGAAAACAUGGUCGUGAGCGCGAACGUGAACGUGAUAGAGGAAAGGAACGCCAUCAAAGUAGCCAACGACGUAAUUAUAAAAAUAGUCAUUCAAGCGAUGAAGAUGACGCCGCUGAUGAUGAUAAAGUUGAGUCGCAAUCAUCUUCAAGUGAUUCGGAUACUUCAAGUUCAUCGUCUACGAGCACAUCUUCAACUUCGCAACACUCAAGUCAUUACAGCCGCACAUCAACCACGUCUAAACAUCGACGUGAUCAUGAGUACGACCGGCGAGAGCGCCGUGAUGAUCAUGGUGCUCAUGGACGCAAGAAUGAUCGCAGCCGAAGUCGCAGCCGUCAGCGUAGUCAUCACCACCAUCACCAGCGCAGUACCAGUCGUCGCCAAUCUAGCGCUGAAGAUGACUACGACAAUGGUAGUCGCCAUCGUCAUUCGACUUCCCGACGCGAUUCGUCGAGAAAACGUUCACGUUCCAGAUCACGUUCCACAUACUCAUCUUCCUCGCAUUGGCGCAGACAUUAGCUCAAAGGCACUGUUGUGUAGCUUCUUCCUAAUUUUAGAGAACAAAAUGUAUAUUUUUUUUUAUUUCCCUUUUUUACUCACAAAUCCGCAUAAUGAUCCUAAAUUUUCCUCCUUAGGUAGAAUAUGCAUAUUUUUUUAGUUUCUUUUUUGCAACAUUAACUAUCACGGAAUAAUUGUAUAGAAAGAAACUCGAUUCUAGCAAAGUGUAUUUAAUGGGCAAGUCUUUUGAAAUAAUAUAAGAUUUUAGCGAUCAGUAAUUGGCUAUGA